GCGGCGCCGCGGAAGUGCGUUGCGCCGCGGCGGGAGCGCGGCGGGCGGGAGCGGAGGAUGAGCAAAGGCCGCGAGGGCGCCGCGGCGGGCGGGGCCGCCGCCGCCGCCGUCCUGCUGCGGUACCUGCGGGAGCAGAACCGGCCCUACAGCGCCCAGGACGCCUUCGGGAACCUGCAGCGGGAGCACGGGCUGGGCAAGGCGGCGGUGGUGAAGGCGCUGGAGCAGCUGGCGCAGCAGGGCCGCGUCCGCGAGAAGGCCUACGGCAAGCAGAAGAUCUACUUCGCCGACCAGGAGCAGCUGCCGGCCGCCAGCGACGCGGAGCUCCGCGGCCUGGACGCGGACAUCGCCGCGCGCUCCGCCGAGGUGCAGGCGCUGCAGCAGAGCUGCCGGCACAUGGAGGCGGAGCUGAAGGACCUGAACGGCUCCAUGACAACCCCUGAGAUGGCCAGAGAGAUCGAGGAGCUGAAGAAGGACUGUGCGAGUUACGCAGAGAAACUGGAACGGAUUAAAUCUGCCACCAACCACGUCACUCCUGAGGAGAAAGAGAAGGUUUGCAGCGAGCAGAAGCUGUACUGCAAGGAGUGGCGGAGGAGGAAGCGAAUGGCAACUGAGCUGCUUGAUGCCAUCCUGGAAGGAUACCCCAAAAGCAAGAAGCAGUUCUUUGAGGAAGUUGGAAUAGAAACCGAUGAGGACCAUAAUGUCACGCUGCCGGCAGCUGUGUGAGACAUCUCUGCUCCAGGGAGGAUUUGCUGAUGCUGAAACUCACCUGUGUUUUUUGGGGUUUUUUUGGUUUUUUUUGUUGCAAGGGUUGGGCUUGUCCUGUGCCUUUGAUAUGUGUUUGUUUUAAAAUGCUUUACAGCCAGAUAGGUAGUUAGAGGGAUUAAGUUAGCACUGGGCCCUGUCACUCUUACUUGCAAAGGAAACUUUUUUUUUUUUCCUAGGCUUCACAGCUGAGGUCUGAUGUCUCUACUGGUCUGUCUAUGGGAAGAUGUAAUUGUAGUGUUUUAGACUUUCCUCAUGGUUUGACAGCAUUUGAUUUUGUUAAGUAAGAAAAGGAAAUAAGUAUCUCAGAGAGGUGAAUCAACCGGUUACUGUUAGGUUGUCAGAGCUGUACAGGUACUUCAGUGUAUUUAAUAGAUGGUGGGCAGUGCUUCCCACCAUAUGCACUAAGCUGUACACAGGAAUAGAACUCAUUAAACACCAAGCUUUUGUUUGACAUUUUCAUAGAAUCAUAGAAUCAGUAAGGUUGAAGGGACCUCUGGAGAUCAGCAGGAUCACCUAGAGCAUGUUAGACAGGGUUGCAUCCAGGCGGGCUUGGAAUAUCUCCAGAGAAGGAGAUUCCACAACCUCUCUGGGCAACCUGUUCCAGUGCUCUGCCACUCUAACAGCGAAGAAAUUCCUCCUCACAUUCAGGCAGAACUUCCUGUGGUUCUGUUUGUGCCCAUUGCCUCUUGUCAUGUCACAUGGGACAACUGAAAAGAGUUUGUCCCCAUCCCCUUGACACCCUCCCUUCAGGUACUUAUACACAUUGAUAAGAUUCCCCCCUCAGUCUUCUCUUCCCCAGGCUGAAGAGGCCCAGCUCUCGCAGCCGUUCCUCGUAGGGCAGGUGCUCCAGCCCCCUGAUCAUCUUUGUAGCCCUACGCUGGACUCUCUCCGGCAGCUCCAUGUCUCCCUUGUACUGCGGAGCCCAGAACUGGACACAGGACUCGAGAUGAGGCCUCCCCAGGGCUGAGGAGAGGGGCAGGAUCACCUCCCUCGACCUGCUGGCAACACUCUUCCUAAUGCACCCAAGGAUACCAUUUCUGGUUCAUGGUCAAUUUGUCAUCCACCAGCACUCCCAGGUCCUUCCCUGCAGAGCUGCUCUCCAGCAGGUCAGCCCCCAGCUCGUACUGGUGCCUAGGGUUAUUUUUCCCUAGGUGCAGGACCCUGCACUUGCCCUUGUUGAACCUCAUGAGGUUCCUCUGUGGCCAGCUCUCCAGCCUGUCCAGGUUUCUCUGAAUUGCAGCACAGCCCUUGGGUGUAUCAUCAGCCACUCCUCCCAGCUUGGUAUCAUCAUCGGCAAACUUACCAAGGAGGCACUCUGUCCCCUUGUCCAGGUCAUUGAUGAAGAAGUUGAACAGGAAGGGACCAUUUUGCUGUGGUACUUUAUAAUCUCUUGCUCUGUGUUCAAGGGGCAUCAGGACAAGGCCUGUGCCUGCUUUGGGCUGCAGCAGCUCUGGGCGGUAGGGAAAGUAAUAACCAAGGCACGAAUAGGGGUUCUGACCUGGUAACCUGAGCCACGACUGCAUCCAGAAACUACUUCUGUGUCUCUGGCACUACUGAAAGUCUCCAGGAUUCAGUAGAAGAAAUAAGAAAAGAAAAACAAAAUCAUUAAAUCAUUCAGCAAAAUUUA